CAAAGCGAUCGCACGACGCCACCCGCAAACAGAAACGGAUCGUGUGCGUAACAGCAUCCAUACAAGACUUGACUUGGAAAACCGGAGCGAGAGAAGAUACCUACGAGGACUGGACUCCACCCUAGUCACAGAUCGUAAUGAUGGAGGAGCCACCGGUGCCCUUUGCUCACGCGGCGGCUCCGAUCGGCGAAGGCACUCCGGCCACGAUUGGGACCGCAUCAGAAACAGCAAGGCGUGUGGGGCGAUCCCGCGAUCGCGGCAAGCGCCGGAGGAUCGCCGAGGAGAGCGGCGGCUGGGCGUCCCUCCCCGGCGACUUGGUCCGCCUUGUCGCCGAGCGGGUGCGGCUCGACGGGGACGUGAUCGACUACAUCUCCCUCCGCGCGGCCUGCUCCGGCUGGCGUUCCAGCACGGACUUCCCGCGCAGCCCGCAGGAGCAGUACCAUUACUUCCGCCCUGGCGGCUGGGUCGCGCUCUGCGACGGCGACCAGACGCGCCCGGACGACGCGCUCCAGAUCGCCUUCUUCAAGCUCAGCACGGGACGGCGCCUCCGCGUCCGCUUCCCGACGAAACUCAGGGGCUACAGGAUAGUCUCCUUCAGCGGCGGCCUCCUCGUCCUGGUCCACAAGCGCUUCUCCAUUGUUCGCUUGCUCCACCCCUUCACCCGGAGCUACCUGGAUCUCCCGUCCAUUGCCCCGACCUUUCGCAUCGUCGUAGGCGUGAAAGACAAAAAAGAGUGUUUCCUCCGCAUGAACGCCGCCAUCUGCACGACGAGCGGCGCGACCCCCGACGCCUCUGUCGACGUUGUGGCCUGGUUCCCGGGGGAAAAGGCGAUGCUCUGGGCCAAGCCCGGCGAUGCCACCUGGAACGCCAUCUACCUCGACGUCGAGCUCCAGAGCGUCCUCGCCUACCGUGGCCGCCUCUACGCCACCGCUCGGGACUCGGCAAGCAUCCUUCAGGUCUACCCUCAGAGCAAUAUCUUUGCGGUGGACACUCCUAUCCCCGACGAGCUUGGCCCUCCGUCGUUAUGCCGCUCCUUCCUCGUCGAAUCCAACGACCACAUGCUGCUCGCUGUUCGCCACCGCGUGGCGCUCCCCAACACACACACCGCCGUCAAGAUCUUCGACGUGGAUCUCGACCGCCGGCAGCUGACCCCGGUGAGCGACAUUGGCGAUCGCGCGCUGUUCCUCGGCAAGGACAAAUGCCUGUCCGUCUCGGCCAAACACCUGCCGUCCAUCAGAGGAAACUCUGUUUAUACAUCUGAAGGUUGUGUCGAGUUAUACUCUCUCAGCAGUGACUGCCCCGAGAGCUAUUAUUUGUAUUCGAAGACGUUGUGGCACACGCGGCCCUUCACCAUUGCGGACCAUCUCAUCACGUACUGCAACCAUCUCGAGUGGGCGAGAGGGCUCAUGUUUCAUGAGUAUCCGUGUGAAGUAUAUAUUUCCAAGGAACUAAAGGAGAAACUCAAGAAGCAAGAUUCACAGCUGCGUAUUCCAACUCCCAAGAAGACAAGCAACCCAUCUGCAAAUUUAUCUAUAAUAUGAUUCAAAUACAAUGCAAGAAGUGAGGCCAAACUAAGGGUACUUUUAUACAUCUACAACUAGUAUGAAGCAAUGACUAUGUCCUAGUUAUACUAACCAUUGGUUGUCUUGGGUCAAUCAUUAAUUGUCCAUUGUUCUAACGAGCAUUGUAGCCACUACUGAUGAGCAAAUUAUGAGCUAAUUGAUGCGUUUUGCGGGCGAAGCGGGAUGCCGCUUGCAUGCACCCCUACCAGCCACGAAGGCGCUAGUAGCGGCGCCUGCCUGCCCAAUGUCCAAGGGCAACUCCAACGCACUGGCGCAAACAGGAUUUGAUCUACUUUUUAUUCAUUU